CAACAACCAAACACUUUGCCAAAUCGCUCGCAAUCAAUCAAUGAGCCGGGUGAGACGGCAACGUGAGACGACAACGUGAGACGAAAAGCCCAGCAUAUCUCUCAGCAUCACCAUCCACCAUCUCCACUCCCCAACAUGGCCCCUUCCUCAUCAGCAUCUCAUCGUAGACCAUCCUCAGCAGCUUCGACUUCCUCCUCCUCUUCCGCCGCCUUGCAACCGCCUCGCACGCCCAUCUCCUCACCGCAUACACGCACACCUCGCACGCGCAGCCUAUCAGCGACUUCGCCUGGUGGUGAUAGCGGGAGCAGUCUAUCCCUGACACCCUCUAGCUCACGCACCCGCACUACCUCUGCCUCGGGCUCCGUAACGCCCAAAGCGUCGGCGCGACAGCACGCUCAGCACGCGCAGCAGCAGGGGAGGAGGCUCAGUGGAGCUGCGAGCCCCACGCCGACGACGUCGGGACCACCCAAGACAGAGUAUCGAUACUCGAUUGGGCCGGCACCGGUGCGUUUCCCCCGCUCUCCAGGUGGUAGUGAGAGCGGCGGAGGAGAGAGGGAGACCGGCUCUGCCCACUCCUCACCCGUACCGCCCUCGAGCUCGAAGGGUGGUCGCUCGACGAGGGGCAAGAGUACUGCGACUGCGACGCCUGGCUCUAGCACGCACGCAGCACUUCAGGCUGCAAUGGCUAGGGAUGACGAGGACCCGACAGCACAACGGCCCCAAUCACCCCGCCCACCUCCUCCCCCGCGACCAGGCGCCUCGCCCACACAACAAGGCGGGGCUCGCUCCUCCUCCUCCACUCGACUGAAGCUCACCACCUUCCCCUUCCCGCAUCCUACGACCCCAAAGGGCUCCACGCUCGAUGCGCGCUACGGGCGAAGGGGAGGCGAAGGGCAGGGUGUCCUUGGUCUGCCUGACAUGCUCAGGGCGUGGGGAAGGGGAUUGGCCGGCUUGAUGUCCUGGAAAAGUGAGCCGAGAGAGCCAAGAGAGGAGAGCCCCGCCCCUCCUCCUCCCCCUCCUUCGGGCCCGUCCUCCCGCCAUCUGUCGCACGGAGUCCACGCAAGGGACUACGGUACGCUGCCCCGCUCUAACUCUCAUGCGCGCAUCAUGUCCGAGGGGGAUGAGCCUGACCCCUCCGAUCCUUAUGGGUAUCGUCGUCUAGCGGGCCCGCAGCUGCUCCCGACUUAUCAUGCCGAGCAUCUCGAGCCCAGACGCAAGGCUGCUGCCAAGAGGCGACGACGAUGGCGUGGCUGGGCGGGAGCGUGUGGGAUGGCGGGCAGGGUUGGAGAGGAGAGCGACGAGGAUGGCAGGGUCAGCAGGAGGAGGAGAAGAAGAAUGGCGAUGGCGAUGCUGGCAGGAAUAGGAUUGGCCGUCCUGCUCGCGUUGUCCUGGUGGUUCUUCUUUCGGUUGGGGCAGGAUGAAGGGGCGGAGGAGGGUCGGGCGAGAUGGGGAGGCAGUGCGAGGGUAGGACCACCAGCUACGCACGGCCUCGGAUCGUAAUCGUACAUUGCUGCUGAAUUGCUAUUCAAGGAGCUCAAGAAGCUAUCUUGG